GGUUCGACUGGUAAGCGACGGGAAACUGAAAUAGCUCAUGUGGUAUUGAGUAGGCGGUGCGAGCCCGCGAAAUCUUUUAUUUUGCCGUUGCUCAAAAUCUAAGGCUUCCUUUUUCUGAGUGUACGUGAAAGUUGCCCUUCAGAAAGUCUAAGUCUUUCUCUAAUGUUAUCCGCAGCUUUCCGGAAGUGCGAGCUUAUAAAACGAGUCUGCUUGUCUUAUCUCCCGGAACGGCCCUGCGAGAAAGCCGCGCGAAUUUAGAUUUCGGGGCCUGCUGGGAAAUCCUGGCUUUUUGGCGCAAAGCACGCCGGGAACUUGGGGGCGGAGUGGUGGCGACUGUGAUGACAGCGGGAGGGGGCGGGGCCGGAGGCGGCCAUUCCCGUGGCGGGGCGUUUCGCCGUUUCCGGGGUUGAGGAGUGCGGUUCGUCUGGAAGUCGGCGGUUGGGCGAAGCUCGGCGUCGGCGGUCGCUGUGAUGUACCACAGCAGCACGCAGAGGCGCUACUGGACUUUCCGCAGCGAGGAGGAGUUAGCCCGCAGGCGCUCUGAUGCCAACCGCAAGUUUAGAUGCAAAGUUGUGGCCAACGGGAAGGUUCAACAGACGGACUCUUUUAUUCUUGACCAACAUGAAGAACUGAUAAUUUGUAAAUAUUAUGAAAAAAGAUUAGCAGACUUUUGCUCUGUAUUUAAGCCAGUAAUGCCCAAAUCUGUUAUGGGAACAGCCUGCAUGUAUUUCAAACGUUUUUAUCUCAAUAACUCAGUAAUGGAAUAUCAUCCCCGUAUAAUUAUGUUAACGUGUGCAUUCUUGGCUUGUAAAGUAGAUGAAUUUAAUGUAUCAAGUGCACAAUUUGUUAGUAACCUCCGUGACAGUCCAGCGGGACAGGAGAAAACAUUGGAACAGAUCUUGGAAUAUGAAUUACUUCUUAUUCAGCAGCUGAACUUCCACCUUAUAGUACAUAAUCCUUACAGACCAUUUGAAGGGCUAUUGAUUGAUUUGAAGACUCGUUAUCAGUUGCUUGAAAAUCCUGAGACACUGAGGAAGACGGCAGAUGAUUUUCUUAAUCGAGUAUCUUUGACAGAUGCCUGCCUUCUAUUUACACCUUCUCAGACAGCUCUCACUGCUAUGGUAUCAAGUGCAUCCAGGGCAGGAUUUAAUAUGGAAAGUUACUUGUCAGGAACCCUAAUGCUCAAAGAGAACAAAACAUCCCUUUCGCAGUUGCUGGACGGAAUGAAAUGCAUGAAAAAUCUGGUAAAAAAAUAUGAGCUACCACAUCCUGAAGAGGUUGCUGUAUUAAAACAGAAACUAGAAAAAUGUCACAGUCCAGAACUUGCUCUUAAUUCAAAUAUGAAAAAAAGAAAAGGCUAUGAAGGUGAUGAAUUCAUCUCGAAAAAAUCUAGAAUGGAGGAG